CGAAAUCUCCCUGAUUGAUUUGUCGCUUAGCUCCAGCUUAAAUUCCCAAUUCGUCCAAUUAUCGGCUCCGGGUCUCCGAUCGAAGAAUCCCAUUGUGUCUCAACGUCCACGCCCGAAAUUGACUGAUUAUCGCUGCAGAAACCCUAGGGAGAAAGCUUUGGAGAGGAAAAAAUGGCGUCGGGAUGGGGAAUAACAGGGAAUAAGGGUCGUUGCUAUGAUUUCUGGAUGGAUUUUAGCGACUGCAUGUCUCGCUGCAGGGAGCCCAAAGAUUGCGCACUGCUCCGUGAAGAUUAUUUGGAGUGCCUCCACCACUCUAAAGAGUUCCAACGUCGGAAUCGGGUCUACAAGGAGGAGCAGCGUCAACUAAGAGCAGCAGCAGAGAAGGGCAAGGGAGGUGGGGAGGAUGUUCAUCACUGAGCAUCAUCUCCAACUUCUAAAGAUGGGAAGUAGCUGAUUGUCUUCUGAACUUGUUGAAAAUAAAGAAACGAAUCAGUAUCUGUACUCUGGAAUGCUAAAAGCAAGACCAUUCUUUGUACCUCCAAAAUGGGAAUUUUGGUGCAAAAUGAUGAGAUAAAAUCGUUUUCCUUGAACAACAUGCUUCUCCAUUUUGCAGGCUUGCCACGCCAUUGUUGCAUUUGUUUUUGAAUUCUCUGAUGAUGCUCUCCAAAGAACAACUUUAUGCAUUGUACAUGUUACAAAAGCCGUAUCAUUAUUGGAUGAGUAUAAUGGCUAUUUUUCAA